AUGAUCCUCAUGACAAUGAUAGCAAGAAUAGGCGAUGGGCUUCCACUGGCAGCUUCUCAACAGGAAGACCAAUUUGGACCUAAUCUUUUAGAAUAUCAAAGCCAAGCAAAACAAUUAUUUAAAAAAAUGAAUUCAUCAACUCCAGCAAAAGGAAGCUUGGAAACAAAUUCUUAUUUAUUUCAUUAUUAUGUAGAAAGAGGUGUGUGUUAUUUGGCGCUUUGUGAAGGAAAUUUUUCGAAAAGACUUGCUUUUCAGUAUCUGGAAGAUUUACAAACGGAAUUUUCAUCUUUAUAUGGACAAAAAGUUCAAUCAGUUGUCAGACCCUACAGCUUCAUUGAAUUUGACACAUUCAUCCAGAAAGCUAAAAAGUCUUAUGUUGAUUCACGCACUAGACGAAAUUUAGGUCAGAUAAACUCAGAACUACAAGAUGUUCAAAGAAUAAUGGUGCAAAAUAUAGAUGAUGUUCUGCAACGGGGUGAAGCCUUAUCGGCAUUAGAUGAUAAAGCAAGCAAUUUAGCGUCUCUUUCGCAAAAAUAUAAGAAAGAUGCUCAUUUUUUAAACAUUAAAUCUUCUUACGUGAAAGUCUGCGCUUCAGUUAUAAUUAUCAUUAUAUUUAUUGUUUUUAUUAGAUUUUGGUUCUUUUAA